AUGCUCAUCGAUUGGCUACUGGCUUUGGUCAGCAUUGGCGUCUGUAGCAUCCUUCUCUUGCUGAUGUUCCUCAUUGUCAUUUGUUUCUGGAUCGUCGUCGCCAUGAUCAACUUCAUCAGCACCGUCCUCUCCAUGGCACUUCUCAUUAUCUCCAGUAUCUUGGUGAAUACUCGUGAAAGUGAAGAGCGUCGGGAAUGUUUCCGAAUUCAAGACCUCUACGUCGCUGAUAUGCCCUCACUUAUCAUGACUGACACGCUACCAUCCGCGUCUACCAGCUCGACGUUCAAUCCAAAACGGUCGCGGAAGCAAUCUGGCAAGUGA